AUGACCCAGUUAUCCACUUUCCUAUUUCCCAUCCGCGAGGUCUCCAACGACCGUAUCAAACUCAUCCCUUUCAACCCAGACCAUCACACCCACGCAUUCUUCCGCCUCUCAUCCCCCCAUCCAGAACUAUACACACACAUGCCCAUGGGUCCCUGGGACUCAGAAGAAGCACUCAAAGCCGAAUUCUACUCCCAAUCCCAAACACAACUCCUCUCAUUCUCAAAUCCCACAUCACUCGCUUUCGCCAUCAUCGAUAAGACUCGCCCGCCAUCUAUCGAUGACCCCGAGGGUGAACUCGCCGGUACUGUCAGUCUAGUGCGAACAUCGGAUACACAUCUAUGUACCGAAAUCGGCUUCAUUAUCAUUUUACCACCAUUCCAGCGGACGCACGUUGCAAAGAAUGCCGUCGGGCUGGCUUUGCAGUAUAGUCUUCAAGACCCCCAGAUAGGUGGACUUGGUUUGCGUCGGGUCCAUUGGCGAACGAGCACGAUGAAUGUUGCGAGCGCGAGACUCGCGGAGAAGAUGGGAUUUGAAAGAGUUGGCGUUGUGCCUUGGCAUAUGAGAUUUGUGAAAGGGAAGAAGAGGGCGAAGACUGGUAAUGGCAAGUCUUUACCUCCUGGGAGCGAUCCUAAUGAUUUGUGGAGGGAUACUAUUGAUUACAGCCUUUCGUGGGAGCGGUGGGAGAAUUUCGCCAGGGAAGAGACUCGGAAACAGAUAGCAUUGUGA